GAGAGACGAACAGGCGAACAGGAAAGACACGGCGCUGUGAAAGCAGCACUCUGUAAAACCGGGAGACGACACUCACCAUUUGGAUAUUGUAGCAGCGAUGUCGUUCACAAAGAAGUCUGUAAAGACGAGACUCCCGAAGGACAUGCCGAAGGAAGAGAUCGACGAGCUGCGACAGGCCUUCUGGGAAUUUGACCGUGACCGCAGCGGAACGAUCGACGGAAAGGAGCUCAUCAACGUGAUGCGGUCCCUGGGGCUGAACCCGACCGACCUGCAGGUGGUGGAGCUGAUCGACUCGGUGGACACGGACGGGAGCGGCACCAUCGACUUCCCGGAGUUCGUGCAGCUCAUGACGCACCAGCUCAAGGACACGGCCGCGGCCUACAGCGAGGAGAUGCUCAGCGAGGCGCUGAGGGUGUUUGACCGAGACGGGCUCGGGUACGUGUCUGCCCAUGAACUGAGACACCUCCUGACGCACAUCGGCGACAGGAUGACCAACCGCGAAGUGGACGAGCUCCUUAAGCUAGCUGACGUGGACUCAGACGGACAGUUUAACUACCAUGACUUUGUCAGAGUGCUGGCGGGCUACUGCCAGCAGCAACCAAAAAAGAAGAUUGUGCGGUUUUGAUCAACAAUAAAUCAACACACAUGUACAUUUUACAAACUUCAGGGCUCACUGUAAGAGUGCCCUGAAAACAAACAAAGAUAUGUGGCCUUUAUAAAAAACACAGUUGAUGUGUUGAAGGGGUAUGUACGUCACAGCUACAAGCAGAGACGCCAUGCGUAUGUGGAGGUACAUCAACAGACCACGUAUAUCUUGCACGUUUAGGGUCACAUGUAAUCAGAUCCGAAGAUGUGCCAUUACUUUUUGAUUGAUUGAUUGAUUGAUUGGUUGGUUGAUUGAUUGAUUGAUUAUAAGCUGCUAUAGUACUGUGGGCAACUCCAAAUAGGUACCCAUUCUCACGAUACUACACAGGGCCGCGGUUAUGGCAACUGUUACACGUUAAUUUAGUACUGCCACGGUGGCAUGUAUACCCACUUGACAGACAGAAUACUUGCUGGUAUUCAUAUAUUAUCGUCCAAGUAAAAAGAUACAGUUACCAUUUUUUUCAUGUGAGACUAAAUAGACCAGGCCAGAAUUAAUCGUACAGUUAGCAGUGCUUUUCCUCCUAUAAAAGGGUACAAAAAAGUCUCAGUCUUUUGAGUGGCUGCAACAGCUGCUAGCUGCAAACUCCCCAAUGUUUGCCAACUCAUUGUACCUUCAUUGUACCGCUUCUUUGGCUAGUAAAGGUACAAACAAUAAUCAAUACCUCAAAGAACCCACAGGACUUCCCUGCAACACCACAUGUAGUAAUGUUUGGUAAGUUAUGUUGUAGACAGAAAUUGAGCCCGGUAACAAUGAGCCAAUUAGUCUUGGUCUCUAUACCAAAGUGUGCCAACUAGACAAGAACCGUCUGCUCUAGUAGAAAGACUCUGGCCUGCUUAGUACAACUGUGUCUGGGGAAUGUCGCAUAUAUAAGGUACACGUUUCCUCAUUGCCAAUCGUGCCUCAGUGUUAGUGAUAUAAAUGAUGCCAAUAAAGAAAUUAACAAUGC